ACAAUGACUGUCACCUACACGGCCAGAGUUGCAAAUGCUCGUUUCUGCGGCUUCUCCAAGUUGCUUUUGGCUUGGAAAGGAAGUAUCUACAAGGUGUUAUACAAGGAGUUCCUGGCUUUUUUUGCCAUGUAUACAGCCAUCAGUAUCACAUACAGAUUUUUGCUGCCUGAUGAUCAGAAAAGGUAUUUUGAGAAGCUGGCAAUUUAUUGCAACCACUAUGCCAGUCUCAUUCCAAUGUCUUUUGUACUGGGUUUCUACGUGACCCUGGUGGUUAACCGUUGGUGGAGCCAGUACACAAGCAUCCCGCUUCCCGAUCGGCUCAUGUGCGUCCUCUCGGGGGGCCUCCAGGGGAGUGACGAGCGAGGCCGCCUGCUCAGACGCACCAUGAUGCGCUAUGCCAGUUUGUCGGCCCUGCUCAUCCUCAGAUCUGUCAGCACGGCUGUCUUCAAGCGUUUCCCUACCAUGGACCAUGUGGUGGAGGCUGGAUUCAUGAGCCGAGAGGAGCGGAAGAAAUUUGAAUCCCUUCAUUCUCCUUACAACAAAUACUGGAUCCCUUGUGUAUGGUUCACCAACCUGGCUGCCGUGGCCCGCUGCGAGGGCCGCAUCAAAGAUGAUCACACGCUCAAGCUGCUGCUGGAGGAGCUAAAUGUAUUCAGGGGCAAAUGCGGCAUGCUGUUUCAUUAUGACAUGAUUAGUGUUCCACUGGUCUAUACUCAGGUAGUGACCUUAGCCGUGUACAGUUUUUUCCUGGUAUGUCUGAUUGGUCGGCAGUUCCUAGAUCCUAAUCAAGGUUACCCAGGCCAUGACCUUGACCUCUACGUGCCAAUCUUUACCCUACUGCAGUUUUUCUUUUAUGCCGGGUGGCUCAAGGUUGCAGAGCAGCUGAUCAACCCUUUUGGAGAAGACGACGAUGACUUUGAGACCAACUGGCUGAUUGACAGAAAUUUCCAGGUGUCCAUGAUGGCAGUGGAUGAGAUGUAUGGAGAUCUGCCGAUGAUGGAACGAGAUCGCUACUGGAACGACUCCAACCCGAGACCACCCUAUACAGCUGCAACUCUCUUUGUUCUGCGCAAACCCUCCUUCCAAGGGUCGACGUUUGACAUGGCGAUCCCCAAAGAGGAGAUGCACUUCCAGCCUCUGGAGGAGAUAGCUGAGAACAUGGAAGAGUCGGUCAGUCGUCACCCCAACAUGGCUCUGUUCAACCGGCUCCUUAACGCGGCCCCCUCACACGCCGGCUUCAUGAGCGGAGCCCUGCGCCGCACCUCGGCCCAGCUCCAGAGACUCUAUCACUCCCCGAGCAUUGACCAGUGCAUCAGCGAUGACGACGACAGUGAAAGUUGUAAAAUAGGCAAAGGGGGCUCUUUGCCGUCUGGGUUGGGGCAGGACCCUCAGAGCACCGUGUGCAGUUUCAGGGAGGAGAAGCCCGCCAGAGCAACUUUGCUUGACAUUCAGUUUUGGGCCGAGCAGGAGAAGCGCUCUGACGAGGAUACGGUCAUGUCUGCAAGUGGAGUUGAACUCAGCCACACAAGACAAGAAGAAGAAAAGCAAGAAGAGAUCCCAUCUCCUGCAUUGGAACUUCCUCCACCUCCACCACCCCUGGCCUCUAGAGAGACUCGACCGGUCUCCACCUUUCAUCAGCCCUCUCCUUUCCCGUCUCACCUCACUUCCCACUCCAAUCUGGAACACUGUAGCUCGCAACCUGUUAUCAACCACCACAAAGCUACUCCCUCUACUCCUCAUCCUUCUCAAGUGUCUUUCCUCACCGUGUCGUCUUUCGAGCCCCAGCGCUUCCGCAGUCUUAGCAUGGGAUCAGAGCUGACUGGGACUUUGGCGUAG